CCCUGACCCGGAAUCAAACCCACAAUCUUUUAGUGUAUGGGAGGGUGUUCUAACCAACUGAACCACACUGGCCAGUAUGGAUCUGAGGUUGUUAAAGUACUUUCUUAAUGUAAUGCUGAUAUAUUUGUUUCAAAUUGUGCAUAGACUCUGAAAACUUAGGCUUUCGAACACUCGUCAAUAAAAAUUGGCUUUAAUAGUUAAUGUCUGUUCCAAGUUUUAAUAAAUUUGCUUACAAACGAGUCUAUGAAAACCAGUCCUAUUGCCAGUCUUCACCCUUUCCCCACAAAUUUUCUAGAUUUAUAAAAUGUAUUUAGGUAUUUUUCCACUUCCAGAUUACAACUUCAGAAUAUGUUUAUGCUAGGACAUAUAGUGUAUCUCUUAUAAAAUAGUGUAGCUCUAUUUCAGAUUAAAUAGGAUUUUUGUUUAAUUGUCUAUUGACUUUUAUUUUUCAGGGUUCAUUGAAAAAUCCUUAGUGAUAUUGACAUGUUUCAAGUGACAUAAAUUAGCCAAUGACUCGGAAUGAUGGAUUCCCCGAAGACUGGAAAUGGUUUGCCAGUGAUUGGACCAGGGACUGAUAUAGGGGUAUCUUCACUCCACAUGGUGGGGUAUUUGGGAAAAAAUUAUGAUUCUGCUAACAUCCUGUCAGAUGGGUAUUGCCCUGCUUGUAGAGAGAAGGGAAAGUUAAAAACCUUAAAGAUUUACCGAAUUAGUUUUCAAGAAUCUAUCUAUUUGUGUGAGGAUCUACAGUGCAUCUAUCCUUUGGGCUCUAAAUCACUUAACUUAAUUUCUCCUGAUUUGGAAGAUCAUCACACUCCAAAUAAGCCUCAAAAAAGAAAGCUCUUGGAAACCAACUAUAAAGAUUCACCUUCUUUAGCAAAUUCCAAAAAGAUUAAAAGUCAUAUUGCUAUUGAUGGUAAACAGGCUUUGAGCAGCAAACAUAAUGAAGAAGCAUAUGAUGAAACCUCAUCAGACUUACCUGAUUCACUGCACAGUGGUCAGCAGAGUCCAGUCAGGACCUCUGAUUUCCUGGGACAGGAUGAGAUUUUGGAAGCAGCUGUCAUUGAUGUGGCUGCUGAAGAAGAUGCUACUGCAGUCAAUGUUUCUGGAACUGGAGAGACUGAUCCUCAGAAUGAAGGAAGCAUGUCUGAACUGGAAAUGCCACUGGAGAGCAGAUAUAUACAGUUUUGCCAGACUUCAUGUGUUCAGUGGAAAAAUUCUCAUGCCCUCUGUUGGUUAGACUGUAUCCUGUCAGUAUUGGUGCAUUUGGAAGUGGUAAAAAAUGCGGUGAUGACUGACCUGUGCCCUAAAGAGGAAUCUGUGUUCUGGCAGUUGUUGACAAAGUAUAAUCAAGCCAGUGAGCUGCUGCACACCAGCCACUUGGAUGCAGUUAAAGAUAGAGAUUAUAAAAAACUUACCUCAGAAAUAUUUGCAAAGAUAGAGACCUGUCUGAAUGAAGUCAGAAAUAACAUUUUCAUCAGGCUUCAGCCUCAGCUUAGAUGCACAUUAGGUGACAUGGAAAGCCCGGUGUUUGCAUUUCCCCUGCUCCUAAAAAUUGAAGCCCGCAUUGAAAAGCUCUUCACGUACUCUUUUUCUUGGAACUUUGAAUGUUCACAGUGUGGACACAAGUAUCAAAACAGAUGUGUGAAGAAUCUCGUCACCUUUACAAAUGUCAUUCCGGAGUGGCACCCACUUAAUGCUGCCCAUUUUGGUCCUUGUAACAAUUGCAACACUAAGUCACAAAUAAGAAAAAUGGUAUUAAAAAAAGUGUCUCCCGUAUUCAUGUUGCACUUUGUAGAAGGCUUACCACAUAACGACUUGCAACACUACUCAUUUUAUUUUGAAGGCUGUCUUUACCAAAUAACUUCUGUAAUUCAGUACCAGGCAAAUAAUCAUUUUAUAACAUGGAUUUUAGACACUGAUGGAGGUUGGCUGGAAUGUGAUGACCUAAAAGGCCCAUGUUCUGAAAGGCGUGAGAAAUUUGAAGUUCCUGCUUCAGAAAUACAUAUUAUUAUUUGGGAAAGAAAAACGGCGCAAAUGACAGAUAAAGCAUCUGCCUGUGUUCCACUUCCAAAGCCUAAUGAUCGGCAUGCUUUCAGUGAUGAGAAACAAGUACCUCCAGCAUUGUGUUUUGUGGGUGAUGCCUCAGCUGAAAUACCCUCAGGAACAUGCCCCUCAAAUGCAUCAGUUGCUCCUGAUACUCUUUCCCAGGAUGAAGCUCAUCAACCUCAUUUACUUUCAGUUCCGAAAGAUUUGGUUGAAAAUGAUAUUAUACCUUUGACACUUGAAAAAAUACAGGUUAACUCUGAAGGCUUCCUAUUAGAAAAUAUACCUGUGGCAGAAAGUGGAGUGGUUGUCAAAACAAAUACUUUGCAACCACAAGAGUUGCUAAUGGCUUCUUUAGUAUCAGCUCCAUGUAAGGAAAAGUUUACCCAAGACCAAUGCGGGGAUUUAAGCUUUCCGUCGCAGAUUGUAAAUACAAGUAUGCAGUCAGCACAGCCGAAUUCAGAAAAUACUAUAAUUACUAAACCUGUGACUAAUAUUCAUGCUACUGGUCCUAUACAGGGAGUAAAGUCAGCAGAAGUUGAGGGUACAGUUGUCCUAGAGAAGGAUGUUCCGUUAAAACAUUCUCUUUCACCGAAAACUGAGAAAUUAAAAGCAGAACGACACCCUACACCUCAGGUGUCUAAUUUGAAGAGAAAAUUUUCUCAAGCCAAAGCAGCUGAGUCAUCACAGAAUCCAUCUCUGAGAGAAAAUCUGAAGAAACCAUUUGUGGGAAGUUGGGUUAAAGGCUUAUUAAGCAAGGGUGCUUCUUUUAUGCCACCUUGUGUUUCAGCUCAUAAUAGAAACGCUAUAACUGAUCUGCAGCCUUCGGUUAAGGGGGCAAGUAAUUUUGGUGGCUUUAAAACUAAAGGUAUGAACCAGAAGACUCAGCGGGCGUCCAAGAAAACUCGUAGGUGUGCGAGUAAGCCUCCUCCAGCCAGUAACCCUCCACCAAGUCUUCCAUCUUCAGGCAGUGUGGCUUCUCCACAAGCUAAUGUUAAUGCUGACCUGGAAGUUUUGAAGAAACAUGAAAAUGGCUCAUAUGGAACCCACCUCAACCACAGAUCUUGUGGAAAUGAAAAUGGUGUUUCUUCAGCAAACCAUGAAGACUCCACUGAGGGUCAGAUUCAUAAACUUCGUCUAAAACUUCUUAAAAAACUUAAGGCAAAAAAGAAGAAAUUAGCUGCUCUUAUGUCUUCCCCCCCAAAUGGAAAACUUUCAAGUGAAAAUUUAGAACACGUGUCCCAUUGUGGGUCUCCAAGUGAUGAUCAGUCAAUAGAAGGCUUGUUGAAAGAACUGCAAUGUCAAAUUGAUAUUGUUGAUAAUAAAUCUGGAGGAGCCACCGUUCCCAGUGUUUCUCCAUACAGUGGUCAAACUCAUGAAGAAAUUUUAGCAGAAUUAUUGUCUCCUACAACUGUUGUUUCAACAGAGCUCUCAGAAAAUGGGGAGGCCGACGUUAGGUAUUUAGAAAUGGGAGAUAACCAUAUCCCAGCACCAGUACUUAGUGAAUUAAAUGGUAUUCCCCAUAACACACACCUGAGACAGGACCAUAAUUAUUGCAGCCCCACCAAAAAAAAUCAGUGCCAGGUUCAGCCAGACCCACUAACAAAUAAUGCCUGUGUUAGAACGUUGAACUUGGAAAGUUCCCUGAAGACUGAUGUUUUUGAUGAGUUUUUUUCCACUUCAGCAUUAAAUUCUUUAGCAAACGACACAUUAGACUUACCUUUUUUUGAUGAAUAUCUGUUUGAGAGCUGUUGAAUGCUUAUUAACUCUUUAGUUUAAUAUUUAUUAUUGUCUUGGAAAAACUUAUGUUCUUGGGUAGUGUUUAUACACUGGCCUUCUCAUGAACAAAAUGUAAGCUGCUGAAGGUUCUACCUUUGGUUCUGCCCAUAAAGCAUGUAAUUUGUUAUACAAAUUAAAAUGACCAGGAAUCUG